UUUGGUUGCACACAAGCUGCAGUUUCAGUUUGUUUUAUUCACCAUUUUGAAUAGCUGAGGGUGAAAAUUAAGAAUAUUUGACUUUGGAGGACAAGCUGUUGCCGUGCUCUUAUUUAUACGCGCUAACUCGAACAGUGGGGUUCUGGGUCAGCCUCGCUCGCCUUGGUGUUGUGCAGAGCGGGAAUCUGUUUCUUAUCUCCCUCUGUUCUUUCUCCUUCUCCCCAUUUUCUUACGUCCCAGACCUCUAAAGAAUCCCUGUAAAAUGUCAAGACCAGUAAGGAACAGAAAAGUGGUGAAUUACUCACAGUUCAACGAAUCUGACGAUGCAGAUGAGGAGUAUGGUGGUGACAAGCCUAAGAAGGUACGCACAGCAGCCCCUCGUGAGCCCAAGCACAAGCGCUCAAAGAACUCGCAGGAGGACAGUGAGGAAUCUGAUGAAAAGCUAUCCAAAUCCAAAAAUGAUUCAGCUGAUGACUUUGGCAGCGAAGAGGAAGAUAAUGACUUUGGAGAGGAGGAGGAGGAAGAGGAAGAGGGAGGAAGCGACUAUGAAGAAGAAAGAGGGAAAAAGGGAAAGAAGGCUAAGGUGGAGAAACCGAGCAAGAGGGGCCCAAAGAGAAAACGUGCUACAGAUGACAGUGAUGACGAAAGAGAAGUGAGUCGAAAACGCACAGUGCGCCAGGCGGCCUCUAAAGCUGUGUCCAAACAGAGAGAGAUCCUGUUGGGAGAUGGAGGCAGCGAGGAUGAGGAGCAUGAAGACCAGGAGGAACCCUACAUGGACCCUGACGAGUCCGGCAGUGACGAGGACUUCAUGGUGGAGGAUGAUGAUGACAGUGACUACGGUCACUCCAAGAAGAGAGGCAAGAAGGUUAUCAGACGGGGAAGGACAGACAAGAAAGAGAAGAAAAGCCCCAAGCCCCGGCUAAAGGCCACAGUUACUCCCAGCCCUAUGAAGGGGAAGGCGAAGGGGCGCCCCAGCACCAAGCCCGUGGAGAAGAAUUCACCCAAAGUGGAGGAAGAAGAGGAUCCCGAGAGUCCUGUAGAGGAGGAAGAGGAAGAAGCAGAGAAAAAGAAGACAACCUCUGCCCCCAAGUCAACAAAGGAAGCCACAGGAGGAGAAGAGGAGGAGGAGGAGGAUGAAGAAGAGGAGGAUGGCUCAGAAGAGGAGGCACCCUCUGGAGAAGAUUAGAAGAUGUUACCCUUUUGAAGCCCAUCCUCCACAUCUUUUCGUCUCUUAAUAUUUUUGUAUUCUUUUGUUGCUCUGCAUUUAGAGUUGUUUUUAUUUGGUUUCUCUUCUUCAUCCCUUCCUGGUGGCCUGGCGCAAUGGUUUGUGGUAUUGUUUUUCCUCCCUCCCAUUCAAAGCACGACAUUUUGAUAUUUUCUUCAGCUUCUUCCUCCCUUUUGUUGCUAUACUUUCUGUAGAACAACUGUGUAAAAAUGAUCAGUGCAAAUGAAAAUCCAUCCCAUGUGAUAGUGGAGCAUUCUCACAAAUGCAACUUUUUACUCAUUCUUUACAGGUGCAUUUGACUGCUGGGGGGUGUUCAAGAAUUUCAAGAAUGUUAAGUAAAGACCAAAGGCUCUAUUUCCUUUAAACUGAACUUAGCAGAGGUGAAGCCUCCUUCCUGUUUCUUUCUGCUAUUAGCCAGGCACAAUAGGGGCCAACACAAUUAUUCCACCUAAAAAAAAAAAUUAAAAAAAAAAGUAUUUUUUUCUUCUUAAAGAUUGUUUUAAAUGUUGGUGCCCUCACACUGUAGUUUUAAAUGUCUUACUAUCAGCUGCUGCUUUAUAAACCACUUAAAGGUGUAAACAUUUAGUGCGUAUCUAAAGAUGCCAGACUGCCACCAUCACACCUUUGAAGACAGCAUGACUGUUUCUUUCUAACCAUCAGUUAACUUUGUAAAGCAGUGUUCUGUUGUGUAUGUGCUGUUUUCUGAUGCACAACGCCGGUGUGGGCCAUCCCCUCUACAAACGUGUAUCCAGAAACACACGCACACACCAGCCCAUGGGAUUACAUGUCAAUAUUCAAGCUCUUGUGCCAGGCACCCAAUAAUCCAUCUUAUUUUUAAUACUUUUUUUUUUUUUUUUUUGAGUGGAGAAGAAAAAGAAUGUUCCUAUUACUUUUUGGUCCAUUUGUGUAAUUCUAUUUUUUUCUUUUUUUUGUUGUAGAUUUUUUUAAUGUUUGUUUUUUAAGAAAAAAAAUAAAAUGUAUCACGAUUUUAAAGAAACAAAGCUGACCCUAUCCUGUCUGUUCUGUGUGUUGGCUGGGGCAGCCCUCUCUUCUAUUUCUCUCCUCCCCCACCUGUCUAUCCUUCCACUUCCAUCAGCUUCGUGGUAACAGUUGGUGUCCAUGUCAGUUUGUUUGAUCAAGAACUUUUGUUGCCCACAUUAGUAUUUCACAAGUGGAUGAAUUCUUAAUUCUACAGUACUGAGGAUCAAAGUACACCAAAAACUGGGUUCUCCGUAUACAUGCGGCAUUCAUUUGUUUAUCAAUGCCUUAAUUUUCACAGAGUUUAAGUGGUGGCCAUGAUAUCAAUGGAGGCCUGAGAAUGUAUUGAGUUUUUAUGUUUUAGGUCUUUGCUACAAGCAGCAAAUUAGGCUUAACACAAGUUAUCAAUUUGUAUGAUCAGUGCACCAUCCAAAGCCAUAAAUGAUCUCAAAACAUGACUCAAAGAUCAGGUGCUGCACAUGUGAGAUUAUCAUUUUUUGCAAUAGUGUUUGAUGUCAAAGCAAAAAAAGAAAAAUAAGGCGUAAUAUUUAUUGCAGUGUUAGCAUUAUGUUUUUACGCUCAGACAACCCGAGGCUGCAAUAGAAAUCUGUCCUGGAAAUUUACACUCAAACCCAGACCUUCGUUCCAAAGCACAUUCAAUUGUUUUUCGCCUGUUCGGUCAACGGUUUUGUUUCACUUUUUUUUUACAUUGAGGUUCUAAAUUAGUACAAAAUCAAUACAGUUUCAACACUACUAUAAUUAGGGUAAAAAAAGUUUUUGUCCACUUAGAGCUCUGGGAGCUGAUGGCUGUAGGAUUGGAUGCCGUGUUGUGGUUAACACAUGGUUUGAAUGCCCAUUGUCCCCCAGGAGGCACAAGGCUUAAUGCUAUGAAUUUUUCCCGCUUUUAUCCAUUCUACAAUUUCUUCUGUUGUAUUGUCUUUUUUUAUGUUUUUUUUUUUUUUUUUUAAUUAUCCCAAGUUUUACUGGCAAUGUUAAUGUAAGCCAAAUUGUGAUUCCUACAGAGACCAAGUGGAGAACCCUUUGUCAGUAGUUUGGAAAAGGAACGUUGAACUCAGUAUUUUUGCAUGUUGUGGAAGAAGUGCAAAGCAAUGAUGGCAAAGCAAUGGCAAUAUUGUGGUCUUAAGGGAAAAAAAUAAUGUUGAUAAUGUUUUGGUUUCCCAGCUUCUAAUAAAGGCAACCUACUUUUUA